UACCAUUGGUUGGUUUUUUCGCGUUGCUUACGGAGGAGAAAUAAAACUUGGAAGGAAUCCAUCAACUCCUCUCGCUCUCGCUCCCGGGCGCUUCCCCGCAGCCAAAAACUCUUGACGCCCGGCGGCCGAGGCUUCCGCUCCAAUCUCCGGCGAGGCUGCUCCCUCGCCAUUGCCGCGCUCGGUUCCCAGGGCUCUGCGGCGGCGGCGGCGGCGGCACGAGACUCACUCGAGGACGACCGACGCCGGGCGGCGGCCCCUCGCUCGCUCGCUCGCUUGGUUCCGGCGGGUUUCCCUCCCCGUCGUCGACUAGGAGGGUGCCGAGGGCAUCACGGAUGAUGCUUCUGUGCAUAUUUAGAUGACAUAUGCUCUGUUUUCCGUGACUGACCCGGUAGGAAGCCAUGAAGAUCAGCGCACUCCUGACCUCUGCGGGCAUCAAUAUUGGGCUCUGCGUGCUCUUUCUGUCGCUCUAUUCUGUUCUGAGGAAGCAGCCAGCCAAUGUCAGGGUCUACUUCGGCCGGAGGAUUUCCGAGGAGCAUAGUCGGCUCCGAGAGGCUUUUAUUUUGGAGAGGUUUGUUCCAUCAACUGGCUGGAUUGUCAAGGCCCUGAGGUAUACCGAGGAAGAGGUCUUGGCAGCUGCUGGGCUGGAUGCUGUCGCUUUCAAUAGAAUGCUAGUCUUCAGCAUACGUAUCUUUUCCCUAGCUGCUCUGCUGUGUGUGUUUGGAAUUCUUCCACUGCAUUAUUAUGGACAAAAUAUACAGCAUCUUCGGAUUCCUUAUGAAGAUCUGGAUAUCUUCACAAUUGGAAAUGUGGAAAAGCGAUCAAGAUGGCUUUGGGUUCAUUGUCUAGUUCUCUACAUAAUAUCUGGAGUAGCUUGCAUUCUCCUAUAUCUUGAGUUUAGGCACAUUGCUAGACUGAGGCUCCUUCACCUUAAACGUGCAACACCCAAUCCAGGCCAAUUUACUGUGCUUGUUCGCGGAAUACCAAAGACAAAGAAAGAAUCGUGCAGUAGUGCUGUUGAUGAUUUCUUCACCAAGUAUCAUGCGUCAAGUUACCUAUUCCACCAAAUUGUUUACAAAACUGGGAAAGUUCAGAAGAUAAUGACUGGUGCGAAGAAGGCAUGUAGAAAGUUGAAAAAUUUCACGGACACCACUGUAGAUCAGAGCUGCAAAGCAAUUACAUACCGGUGUUGUCUUUGUGGUGCCUCUUCAAAUUCUUUCCAGUUGUUGCCCACUGAUGAAGUUGUACCGAGCAGAGGAAAAGUUGACCUGGACGAUUCUAGCUUGAACAUAGAUAAUGAGGAAUGUGCAGCUGCUUUUGUAUUUUUCAAAACACGGUAUGGAGCACUUGUCGCGUCAGACGUACUUCAGACAUCAAACCCUACGAAGUGGGUUACUGAUCUAGCUCCAGAACCAAAUGAUGUGUAUUGGUCAAACAUUUGGCUUCCCUAUAAGCAGCUUUGGAUUCGACGGAUAGCGACGCUACUUGGUUCUAUUGUUUUUAUGCUCUUAUUUCUGGCACCGGUGACGUUUAUAAAUGGUCUAUCUCAGCUUGAUCAGUUGCAGAAGAGGCUUCCUUUCCUUAACGGGAUAUUGAAGCAGCCACACCACCUGGUCCAGCUAAUAACUGGAUACCUUCCGAGUGUCAUACUGCAAAUAUUUCUGUACACCGUUGCGCCAAUAAUGAUGCUAUUUUCAACACUAGAAGGGCCUAUAUCUCACAGCGAAAGGAAGAGGAGUGCGUGCUGUAAAGUGCUGUACUUCUUGAUUUGGAAUGUAUUCUUUGUUAAUGUGGUAUCUGGCACUGUCUUAAAACAAUUGGAUUUCUUUUCAAGCCCGAAGGACAUUCCUGUCCAGCUCGCUAAGGUUAUACCUGGGCAGGCUUCCUUCUUCAUCACCUAUGUUCUGACUUCAGGAUGGGCCAGUUUAUCAUCUGAACUCAUGCAACUCUUUGGUCUGAUCUAUAACUUCAUAAGGAAGUAUGUUCUGAGAAUGAAAGAAGAUACAGAGUUUGUCCCCUCGUUCCCCUAUCACACUGAAGUACCAAAAGUUUUGUUGUUUGGACUAUUGGGAUUCACAUGCUCUGUACUGGCGCCCUUGAUCUUACCUUUUCUGCUAGUCUACUUCUUCCUGGGUUAUGUCGUAUACCGCAAUCAGCUGCUCAAUGUGUACCGCACGAGAUAUGACACCGGUGGUUUGUAUUGGCCGAUUAUACACAACACAGUGAUAUUCUCUCUCGUGCUCACCCAGAUCAUCUGCCUCGGUGUAUUUGGCCUGAAAGUAUCACCAGUAGCUGCAGGCUUCACCAUACCUCUCAUCAUCUUCACUCUUCUGUUCAAUCAGUAUUGCAGAACCCGGCUUCUUCCACUGUUCAGCACUUUCCCAGCACAGAAUUUAAUCGACAUGGACAGGGAGGACGAGCUGUCAGGAAGAAUGGAACAUAUUCACCACGGGCUCCAUACCGCGUAUUGCCAGUUCCCUGAAUCUGAAGAUAUACAACUGGAGGAAAUUCGGACCGUCGGGAAUGAUGAGGACGGCGGAGGUUGUAGCUCGGGCGGGUCCAACGGCAAAGGUAGCCCGGACGAGUUAAACGGCAAAGGUUGCUCGGACGAGCCCAGCGGCAAAGAGACCCUCCAGGAACAGCAGCAGCCCAGAAGGGAUCUGUCUCACCCGACACUCAAAGGGCUCCCCGUUAGCCGUCUGCAGACUGCCGUGAGAUGCGUCACUUUCCUCAUUCGGCUGCAGAAAAGAGGCUUGUCAUGAUACAGCCAGCGUUGGGCAACUAACCACUAACCCCUUUCAUCAUGUGGCCGCUCAUGUAAAUGUACAGCAAUAUAUAGGCCGUACAAGUUUUUUUCUGUUUCUUUUUGGGAAAAAGAGGGGGUUAUAGAUCAUACAUACAAGUAUACAAGAUACAUUAGAGAAUAGGUUAAGAAAUACCAGUAAUCCAAGUGAAGCAUCAUCAUGGUUAACUGGGGGUGCAAUUUUGGUUUUGGGGCAGCGUCCGGAAGUUUCGGCAGACAUGAAAGUGAUCGGUGUCGUGGGCUAUCAUGAUCAUCGUUACCUGUAAAGUCUUCUUAGCUGUAAACAUCCAAGGCUUUGGUCUUCAUGCUUGUCUGAUUAGCUCUGUCCUGGGCAUCUCUGUUUGAUGAACUUGACCUGCUUUUGUCGAGAAGCAUAUGUGCAAUCAUUUUUGUAUUUGA